GAACACAUCGAAAUUGGAGCCCCUUUUUCCCCCUGUACCUUUCAAUCUCCUCUCUCGCAAACAGUGGAAAAAAAAGGAAGUGGAAAACUGUCUCUUUUUCCGAUUUGAAUUUCAUACUCCGUACUAGCAGUAUAAUUGGUGACCGUUAAAAAAAAGAGCGGCAUGUCAGCGCGUAGGCGUACCUUGCUCAAGGUCAUCGUUCUCGGGGACAGCGGGGCUGGCAAGACGUCGUUAAUGAAUCAAUAUGUGCACAAGAAAUUUAGUCAGCAAUACAAGGCUACAAUUGGUGCCGAUUUCGUUACCAAAGAACUCCUGAUUGAUGACAGGCUUGUCACUCUGCAAAUAUGGGACACGGCUGGGCAAGAAAGAUUUCAGUCACUUGGAGUUGCAUUUUAUAGAGGAGCAGAUUGCUGCGUUCUAGUUUAUGAUGUGAAUGUCAUGAGAUCAUUCGAUACCCUUGACAACUGGCACGAAGAGUUCCUUAAACAGGCAAAUCCAUCUGAUCCCAAGGCAUUUCCGUUUAUAUUGCUUGGAAACAAGAUAGAUAUUGAUGGUGGAAAUAGCCGAGUGGUUUCUGAGAAGAAAGCUAAGGACUGGUGUGCGUCAAAAGGAAACAUACUUUACUUUGAGACGUCAGCAAAGGAAGAUUACAAUGUUGAUCUUGCAUUCUUAUCCAUUGCGAAAACUGCUCUAGCCAAUGAGCAUGGACAGGACAUAUACUUCCAGAGUAUCCCAGAGGAUGUCACAGAUAAUGAGCAAAGAGGUGGCUGUGCAUGCUAAAUUAUGGAUAGAUUGAACAGAUUCAUCUUGGUGCUCGUGGUUGGCUCAUUUAUCAUUUUUUGGUUGUGAUUUUUAGCCAUUUUCUCGAACGUUAUUUUUGUACACGUUGUACACUGAGCUCUUGAUGCUGAGACAUCAUUGAGUGUCGAUGCCAUUUCUAACAGGCAGUAUUGUUUUUGGUAUGAUAAAUUCUGAGUCUAAAACUGUAGAAUCCAACCUAGGAUGAACUGCUUUCAGAUUCUCUUUGUCCUGAUAAAAGAGAAGUGUUUUUAGAUUCAUGUCAGAAUUGAAGGCUUCUGCUGCUUCCAGUUAAAAGAUCUCAUUCGUGACGGUUAUUGUUUCGAAUUUCUCCUGGGAAUCCUUCAAUGUUUUUUACAUAGGCAUUUCUAGAUAGUGAGCCUGGUUAGGCAAUGUCAUAGAUGGACAGGUGGGGACGAGCUUGAUCCUCCAUUUGGUGGUGGCGUUGCCUUUUGUGGUGGAGACAGUAUUGUUAUUCUACCUUUGGCUACUGUAGAGAAUGCUAUUAUUAUAUAUGGAUGAAGGUCUUUUUUUUUAAUUAUU